CUUCAAAAGUCAUAUCCUUUUUUGUGGCUUUUGCCAUUUUGAAGUGUGAUGAACAGAUCAGUCCUCCAUCUCUGCCUCUCUCGACCCCCAGCACAGCGUCCAUGGAGCCGGACUCCGCCCCUGAUCCCCUGAGAAACCAAUUCGCAUCUCUCAACGACCUAACCUACGAGCUCGCCUCUCUCCAGGACCUUGCCACCCGCGGCUCCUGGCGCUCCAUCCUCGACAAGGUCGCUCGAGCCCGCUCCCUCAACCUCCUCUCCAAACCUCACGACCACCUCACCUAUCUCGCCUACAAUGUUCUCGCUCUAUCCAAGCUCCGCCGCUUCCCCGAGGCCUCCAGUGAGCUGAACUCUCUGCACGACUUUAACAGCCACCUGUACCGGUACGAGAACUAUCCCGACGUCUACCCCAAUCGCUCCGGUUCGAUGCUUCCCUUCAUCCUCCGGUUCCUUCACGCGCAGAUCCCGAUUAAAAUCGGCAAUCGCCUGGAAGGGUUAGAUCGUUUCUAUUCUUUACUUGAUUUUACGCGGCAAAGGAUUAAAGAAAAAGAAUCAAAGAAUUUAGAUGUCUCUGUUAGUUUGUGGAGAAAACGAGAAGUUUUUGUCAUGAAUUGUAUAAUUGGGCAUCACCUGGGUGCUAAAGAGUUCAUUGUGUGCUUGGAUUUGAUCAGUGAUCUGAUUCGUCGAGAUUAUUUAGACCCUCUUCUGGUUUCCAAGUUAGGGUAUAUACGGAUGCAGAUUGGUGAUGUCGAAGGGGCGAAAGGGUCGUUUAAUCGCGUUGAAACGAUGCUAAAUGAAGGGAAGAGUAAUGGGUCUUUGAGUGAGGUAGAGUUCAAGAAUCUUGUCAGCAGAAACAAAGCAUUAGUGUAUUUAGUGGGGAAGGAUUAUGUGUCUGCUGUCAGGGAGUACGAUGCCUGUAUUGAGAGAGAUCUAACAGAUGUUAUUGCUCUCAAUAACAAGGCCCUUUGCUUGAUGUACUUGAGGGAUUUGUCAGAUUCGAUUAAGUUGUUGGAAAAUGCCCUGGAGAGGUUACCUACAGUGGCAUUGAACGAGACUGUGGUGAUCAAUUUGUGCAGUAUGUAUGAGCUAGCAUAUGUUAAUCACUCAGAGAUUAAGAAGACAUUGAGUAAUUGGAUUGCCCGGGUUGCACCUGAUGAUUUUGAUUUGUCAUGUACCAGGAUUUGAGGUUGAAUCUUUUGACUCUAUUGUCGCUGUUUUACACCCUGACGUUGUUGUUUAUAUAUAGAUUAUUAGGAAAGUUAAAAUGAGUCAGCCUCUUUGUGUUGGAAUGAUUUUUAUGUCUUGUUCUGGGUUUGGAAAUGCAUACAGGAUUCAGUUAGUCUGUAUGGAGCUAGAAUUGAUGUAGAAGGUCUCUACUUUGAAACAGAUAUGAAUAAUUGCUUUACAUGGGUAUCUCUUUUUAGGUCAUAUUUUCUGCUCAUUGGGUGCAAGAUGAAUUUAUAAACACUUUCUUCUACUGCUAAGAAGAAUUGGACAAGUCUAAUUAUUGGGUGUUCUAAGGAUUUCCAAUAUGCUUUUUCAUGAU